GGGUCGUAGCGGCCACCCGAGGGGCAUUACUAUGUAAUUAGGUACAAACAUCUACUGAGGUCCUCGCUAUAGGGGCCCUGAGUAUAUAGUCUAAUCACCGGAAGAACUGAAAGUCCUUCUACAUAUAUAUAUAUAUUAUUAUUUUUUUUUCUUUUAAAAAAAAACGCACAGGGUGAGAUAAGGUAAAAAUAUUUCUAGAAGGAAAAAAAAAUGAAUUUGUUGGUUAGGUGCGCGUCGGUUGGAAGAAGUCGUGGGAACUGGACGCGCGUUCACUUUUUAUUUAUUUUCUUUUUACCCAUUUCGGUCGGGAGAGUCAAGGACUAUCUCACGUGUGGAGAAUGGGAGGGGGAUGAUUGAGGUGAGAUGCCACCAACCGACGCUAUAUUGCUCAACAUAUUCGACGCCAUUUUGUUGCUGUUGAUAUCCGUAUAGCCGCUCUACGUGAUUUGAAUCGCGUGCUCUGAAUCCAUCAGCAAAAAAAUAAAAUUUCAUUUUCGAUUCUCUUUGCACCGAAAGUUUCUUAAAAGAAAAUAUGCAUAUGUUGCUGCAGUAUAGAAAGAAGUUGAACCGAAUUGACCUUUCCUUGGAAAAGGGGAAACACUUGUGGAUUAUAUCGCCGCAGUGUCUUUGACGUCGUUCAAGAGCGUGAGACUCUCUUCAUCUUCUUCUUUUCUAUAUGAAGAAAAGAAAAGCAACAAAAAAAUUACAAGAAGAAAAGUGUUGAUGAUGAUGAUACUAUGGCCCUAUGUAGAUCCCUCCUAGAAAGAAAAGAAAAAAAGUCACGCGUUCACACACAUUCGAAAAGACAGGGGUCAAAAGGUUUUUUCUUUUCCCCUCCACCGAUGGGAGUGGUUAAGUCUCAACAACAGACGGGCCGGAUGAGCAUCAACCCCGCGGAAUACAACACAAAAAAAAAAAACCAAUAAGAGAAAACCUUUUUCCUCCUCUUCUCAGUAGACGAAAUAUCCACCGCUGUGGCACAAGUGCGUGAGAGAGUUGGUGCCAGACCAAGCGGAAAGUGACUAAGCCCCUUUAGUCUGUAGCGGACCGUUCAGCCGAGCGGUUGUGUUCUUAUAUUCCUCGUUAUAAACCAAUAGGAGCGCCCCUCGAUCGAUCGUGUUACAUCCCAUUAGAAAAGAAUCUCUUCGAAAAGAAUGGCCCCGAUUGUCACGUCGUGGUCGUCUUUGGAUUACGAAAACGGCCAACAACAGAGGACCAACAAGAUGAAACAGCAACAGUCUCAGCCUUCGUUGUCCGUCUAUCAGCCGUUCCGUUUGCGUCAGAACAGCGUCAGUGUCACCCCGCCAUCGAUGAACAGCAGUUUGAAAAGUUACGGUAGUGUCAGCUCGUUCGAAUCGUCCGAUCCGUUCGCAAGUCUGUUGCCCAACGUUGGCGGUGCCAAUCCGGGACCGACGAAACCACCGAGAGCUUUGCAUCCGUCCCCGGGUCGUGGCACCGGUAAUCGACACCAUCCGCCUCCGCUCUCAAUUGGCGGUCACGACCACUCAAAGUUCCAUCAUGUGCGUCAUCUUCAGGGUCAAAUAGUCACCAAUCGUAGCAAAUCGCACUCGGAUCUGAGUCACGUUGGCACUUGCACGAUGGAACCGGUUUAUUGCGACAACAAAUGCGGCCAGAAAAUCAGCCGCAAGCAGAUGAUGCAGCACAAGGCCAUCGAGUGCGGAAAGCGUCUGGUCGCCUGCCGCUAUUGCGCAAAAGAUUUCAGUUACGACACGCUACAAGCCCAUCACGCCAAAUGCGGUCGCUAUCCAAUCGCUUGCCCGAACCAAUGCGAUUCGCCCAAAGUUGUGCGCGAGGAACUCGAAUCCCAUUUGAAAGACAACUGCCCGGCUCUGAUGGUCUCGUGUCCUUUUAAAGAGGCCGGAUGUCGAUUCAAGGGUCCUCGAUUCUCUCUGGACAAACACCAAGAGGAAGGCAUGAAGCAGCACUUGCUGCUCAUGUGCGGAUUAGCCACCCGCCAGCAGCAACAGCUUUCCACGUUGCGCUCCACCGUGUCACGCGUGUCGCUUAAUUAUACGGGCACAUUUCUCUGGCGCAUCAAUGACGUCCAGACCAAAAUCGCAGAAGCGCGAAUCAAAGAAGGUUUCGAACUCAUCUCGGCCCCUUUCUACACCAGCCAGUACGGCUACAAACUGCAGGCGUCCCUGUUUCUCAACGGUAACGGAUCCGGUGAAGGAGCUUAUGUCUCUAUUUACAUCAAAAUCUUGCCGGGAGAAUACGACGCCCUCCUUAAAUGGCCUUUCUCUCACACCGUUUCGUUCACGCUCUACGACCAGGCGGCCAAUCCCGACAAGGCGUGUAAUAUCGUCGAGAGUUUCAUUCCCGAUCCGACGUGGGAGAAUUUUCAGCGGCCAUCGCGCGAGCCCGACGCUCUCGGAUUCGGAUUCCCGCGUUUCGUUUCGCACGACAUGCUCAAGAAACGUCAUUUUGUCAAGGACGACGUUCUCUUUCUCAAAGUCCGUGUCGAUCCGGCUAAAAACAUGGCCGUCUAGUUUAACUUUCUUGUUUUUUUUUUUGGCUUCACACAAAUUUUGUGUCACUUGAAAGAAAACCAAAUCGAAAUUUUUGACACGUGACCAACAUGUCAGAAGUGAAAAAGAAUAAUAAUAAUUUUGUUUUCUUCUAUGAUAUAUCCCAGCAAAUGUUCCUUCCCUAAAUGUUUUGUACAUUUUUAUACAUAAUUAAAUACACUCGCCUACCACAUUUUUUUGAAUUUCAAA